GUUCUUCGCCUCUCAUAGGAAGCGUCACCGGAGAACGACAGCACUUUGGCCACCUAUUUUGAAGCUUUAUUUUAUCCCGAUGCAGGAGACUGCCUGGUCCUUCUAGUGCUCCUUCUCCUCAUGGAUAGCUUCUUUAUUGCUCUAAAACUGGGGACUACACAGUUAAGAUUUGAGUUAAGGAAACAAAUAGAAGUCUUCAGUACCAGAUCGGCUUUCAUCGUCGGCUUCAGCCGGUCACUGCCCAGGACGAGGCGGGACUCGACGCCCCUCGAGUACGAGCUGCCUGGCAACGCGACAGCCGUCCUCAGGACCCCUUUACAAACAGGAUUCCUGUGUGACCAGCGUGUGUAUGGUUAUUACGCAGACCAGGAUAACAACUGCCAGGUCUUCCACGUAUGUUAUCCGUACGUGGAUGUCGACCUCCUGAUCAAGUUCAGGAUGUUCUCGUUCAUCUGCGGGCCUGGGCUGGUCUUCGAUCAAUCUAAAUUGGUGUGUGACUACCCCGAAGCUUCCAUACCCUGCGAGGCAGCAAGUCAGUACUAUGACAUCAACAACUUUUUCGGCCGAGUCGACCUCCAAUUCCGCGAGGGGCAGACACCCGACGCAAUUCCGCAAGAUUUUGAGAUCAAGACCUUUGCGGAAUUGGCCGAAAGCCGACAGUUGUAAGCGGAGAUUGGAAAAGACCGGGAAGUGGCAACUGCGUCUUUAUCGCAGUUGCCAUCACCAGUUAAAGGUUGUGUUUGUUCCUUAUUUUUGGUUUCAGUUAAGGCAAUUACGAAUCAGUGAAGCAUUUCCAAGAAAUGAAGCGUAAUAGAGUGGCCAAUGUAUUAUUCAAAACUUGUCUUUAAAGCCCCUUGAUAAGUGUUUUCAACGAAAACAAAUAAAAUAGCACCACCUUAGAGUGAUAUAGAGUUAACAGGUUUCCAUACAAAUAAAUUUUAUGUUGCCAUGGGAAAUUAUUGGCAACUGCACAAAAUGUAGGAGGGGCUUAAUUUUUUUAAUUCACGUUUUUUUAUCUGCUAUAAUAUUAAAUGCUAUCUAUAAUAUGAAAUGCUAUACAAUGACGGCGCCUGUCAAUGAAAAACAUCAAUUGAAUUUAAAUCUAAAUGAAUGGAGCCACUAUUGUAAUUCAGCAACCAAGAAUAGUCUUUUGAUAAGCUUAGUUUUAAGUCUUUUAUAACCGUAGGCUGGUCCUACAUAUUAUUGUUACGUGAUUUAGUUAUUGUUGGUAGCAAUUUUUAUACAGUUUUUUUCUUCUCAGCUCUUGUCUGUCAAUCUUUGUUUAUUGUAAGAUGUUGUUACAUCAUAUGUUAAACAUCAAUAUGCAGAAGUUUUGAAUAAAUGUAUUAAAAGUAA